AUGAUAAAAGCGUUUCUCUCAAUUCUGCUUCUCGACGACAAAUAUCCUCAGCAGACAAAGAGGUACGCAGCCGGUGCUGCAGCAGCAACAGCAGCAGCAGCAGCAGCAGCAGCAGCAGCAGAAGGAGCAGCAGCAGAAGGAGCAGCAGCAGAAGGAGCAGCAGCAGAAGGAGCAGCAGCAGAAGGAGCAGCAGCAAAAGAGUGGCAGCAGCAGCAGCAGCAGAAGCAGCAGGAACAGCAGCAGCAACAAGAGCAGCAGGAAGAGUUGCAGCAGCAGCAGAAAGAAGAGGUACAGCAGCAACAGCAGCAGCAACAGCAGCACAAGGAAGAGUAG